GUUGCUCGAUUCAGCAUCUUGCUGACUUUCUUGAAUGUGACAUCUGGGCCAUUUAUGAAGACUCAAAAGACAUUCUGAUUUGAAAGCUAUAACUGAGUUAAUGAUGUACAGUAACAGAGAACUGGUAGUUUUUUAUGUAAACUACAAACUCAAACAGAGGAAUUACCCAACACUGGUGCUGAUAUCGGAGGAUGUCGUUGCAGAAAAGGAGAGCAACAAAACCCCCAAUGAACCCGAUAACAGCUUGUUGGUCAAUGAUGGGACAAGUGGUGAUCAGCUGCAUACGCCAUCCUGCCCGCAUGGCGACAUAGAGAUGGUAAAAACAGCUCUGCGGUGCUCGGUUGACAGGUUUGAGCUGCUUUUUGCACAAAGGUUCAGAGAUCUUGACUCAUACAUUGACAUGUGUGACACCACCUACGAGAGCUUUAAGAUGACGAUGGAUCAGGUGUUUAAGGACGGCGUUAACUGGGGGCGUGUAGCUGGCUUUUUUGCCUUUGGGGGCAUCAUUUCUGUGAAAUGCGCAGAGAGAGGCCUGAGUGAGUUGGUGCACUCCAUUGUUGACUGGAUGACUGAUUACCUGGAUGAGCACAUCGAUCCAUGGAUACAAAGCCAUGGCGGCUGGGACUACUUCGCCAAGGCUUUCCUGGGGAGUGCUGCAGCAGAAGUCAGAAGGCAGUCAGAAGAGAGUGUGAGGCCCUGGAUGCUAGCUGGAGGGACUGUGCUCACAGGAGCGUUGUUCGGCAUGCUCGUCUGGAAGCUCAAGUGAAGGUGUUGCAUGUUGAGUCAAUUCAUCAUUUGUACAUGGGUAAAUAAUAACUGCACGUGUAUAUAAAAUAACACUC